AGUGGAGCCAAGGCCCGACGCGACAUCUUGCUUGAUAACACCUCAAACUAACCUUUAUUUUACUUUUCAUAAAGGCGGCUGCGCUCGGCGCUAUUGAGCGAGCCGUCGCUGCCGUUAAAUAUCUCUGAAUCCUGGUCUUCUAGGUGUUUGGUUUUCAGUAAAGAAUUUCAACCGUAUCUUAACGAUAACGUACUGAUGUGUCCAUAUGUGUCUAAUUUAUUGUGGUUAUCAAAAGAACUCCACUGGAUUCUUCGGUCUUCCAACAAAUGUACUGUGUAACUGUAACUGUAGUUGUAAAAAAAUCAAAAAUGACUACUCCCAACGAUGAUAUGGAAAUGGAGAAAAUUGCAGAGGAUGAACUGUCUAAGUUACAACGACAGUUUCGUGUAAUGGAAAUUGACCGUGCUAACGUAACCAGCAGCGUGCAGCCAACCCUCAGAGUUCAGGCCAACAUCAUCCGCUCCUUGUCCGCUGAGCUGGACAACAUCAUGACUGAAUUGAGGCUAACGAAAAGCACGUCGAAUCUUCUCGAAAACGCAAAAACGCGUCAAAAACUGAUUGCACUGCUAAAGGAGCACGAGACCUGCUCCGCUGAGGUGAAGGAGCAUCGCGCGACGAUCAACGAACUGAACUUCCUCUUGAAGCAAGUGCAGAAAGAGAUCAAGGGUCUGAAAGCUAAAGGAGUUGGCUUUGAAAAGGACUAUGCUUGCACUUUGACUAAUCAAACCAUCAUCAGCCAGUUGGAAAACCGCCUCAAUACGGCAAUGAAAAAGUUCAACGCGGUAAAUAGCGACAACUACGCUAUGAGACUUGAAAUCGAUCGACUGUUGCGUGACCGUCAAUUCUUCAACACGAUGUGGAAGGGUCAAAUCAAGCGUUUGAUGGAAGGUAAGGGUCAGAUCCUGGAACUGGUGGAGCAAGCCAUUACCACGUACGACCAGCGUGAAGAGUGGUGCUCCAAACUCGAUGCUUUGAAAGAGAAAGCUUCCAUGGACUAUAGGAAACACUGCUUGGAAGUGCGGGAGCUCCAACGCCAGCUGGACCACAGCAUGAAGCUGGAAGAAUUCCUCCGCACCAAGGGCACGGUGCGCCUCACCGCCGCCGACGCCAAGGCGGAGGCCAAGAAACUGGAGCAGCAGGAACAAGACAUACGCGCUUACAACAACUACAUCAAUAUACUGGAUGCCAUCAGGGAGUAUACAGGGGAAGACGAUGUGGACAAGCUGAUCCAGGAGUUCACGCGGCGUGAAGAGGAGAACUACGCGCUCUUUAACUACAUCAACGAGGUCAACACUGAGCUCAAGCACUUGAGCGAUAAUGUGAAGAUGCUGCAGAGUAGUAUUCAGGACGAGCACGCAAAACAUCAAGCAAAGUUAUACAAACAGCAAGACAGCAUCGAAACGCUCAAAGCCACGUUGGAAGAACGUUGUACGGCAAAUGAUAAUCUCCGGGAAGCCUACGACAAGACCAACCAAGUGUUGACCAGACUUUUGCAAGAAGUGCAGACUUUAGCGCUGUCAUCCGAAUGCGACUCUCUGCCCUUACUGAAAUUAUUGGGAAAAACAUUGGACAUUAAUGCGACCAACGCGCGACUGUACAUCAAAGGCUUGGAAAAGAAGGUCACGGAAAUGGUUGAUCUUAUUAAGUUUGAUGAGGCGGUCCAACGUCAGGCGGAGCUCAAGGAGCGCACGCCGCCCGCCACGCGCCGUCGCCGCCGCGCGCCGCCCUCCCCGCGCCCGCCGCCCCAACACCAAACCGCCAUCAUGGCACGCUCUUAAUUUCAUAUUAAAAUAUUAUGUUUAACGGGCACCUACAUACCACGAUUAAUAUAAUGAUUUUGACUUAUCGAUAUAUCGAUCCGGUUGCAUCCGUCGUGACUACGGUGGGCUCAUAGCAACUGGGUCGAAAUAUUGUGGUAUGCAUCUGUUAUCUACAUUAAUGUCGUUAAACCACAAAAUAAUCUUAAUAUCAAUAGUUUAAUAUCCUUCUUUUUAGAACUACCUAGGUACAAUCACAUUUGCAUUUAAUAUGAGGGCUCACAAUUUCUCAUGCACAACUUCUU